CUUCUUCUCAGGUCCACCACAUCAAAUGCUGCAGUUGACAAUCGAGACGAUCGCAGAAGGCACACGAAAUAGACACAGCUCGACGAGUGUGCAUCAACCCUCUACUAUCAAAAGAAUAUUCCGUCCACAUAUCUUUUAUUUUAGUUGAUGCUGGAUUACAACAUUGUUUAUUUUUUUUGUCAAGCGACCACUUUCUGAUCUCUAUAUCAUGUCUUCGUUCUGAGUGUCUAUUUUUGUAGACAACGUACACUCACUAAUCUCAGAUUUUCUGAUACACACAAAAAAUAAAUAAAUAAAAGAACUCGACUUCUGAAAAAGAGAGACCAAUAGGAGGCGGUUCGACUAUCGGCGUUUGGGAAUUCAUGUGGUCACGUUAAACACCUUUUUGUUGGAUAUUUUUCCCGGUGAGAAAGCAACACUCAUAACUACAUUUUUGUGGAAUGCCCUCACAUUAUUAAACCACUAUGGACAAAGUGAGUGUAAAUCGUCUGCAGGAACAUUGACGCAGUUGGCAGCAGACAGGGCUGUUGCAAAUCAGUGGCCGAAUCACUCGCACCUGUUUGGUGUUUAACACCGUCAAGCUCCAUUCAUCUCAUUAUCUACCUGGCGGCUUAUCACACAGAUAUCCCAUUUUUAUGACGGGGGUGAAGGUUUGUUUCUCAGUAAACGAACAACGACAGCCAGAAGUACUGCGCACUUGUAAGAACAUCCAUCGGCACUGAACAUUAAGCCGGGUUUCUGCACGCUGACAGGUUCGUUUGUUGCUCAUAAAGAACAGAACUAGGAAUGUGGGAAAACGUUUUUUUGGGUGUGUGUGCGUCUUUUAAUUAGACCCAACAACAACAACAACAACAACAACAUUUAAAAUCACAGUACGGAACCGUGUCUGGCAAGCAUUUAUUUAUUUAUUUAUUUUCUGCAUCAGCGGCGGAGCCGGACUUUGCUAGCAAGAGGCCAGAGGGAAAUUGAUGUCAGUUAUCACUUAUUAAUUUCAUCUCAUACAACUGCUUCCGCUUAUUGAUACACACAUUAGAAUGUACAACAAUACAGCUAAUAAUAAUAAUCGACAUUUACAGAGAAAUCAGCUCUGACGCCCUAUUUAUUAUCAGCACUGACGAUUCAUCCUGCAACGGCACUCUGUGAAUGGAAACGGGACAGACACACAGUACUGUACCACUUAAUGAAACAACUCUUGUUGCUUUACACUAAGGUGAUUAAUUUUGAGCUGCAGCGCCUUGUUGUUCUCGCUUGUUUGUUUCAACUUAAUUGAGAAACAACUCGCUUCCCUUUUUUGCAUAAAGCAAUCCAAAAGGAAAUACAUUGAAAGAAAAAAAUAUAUAAAAAUGGGCACCGUCUUAUCUGUCUCCCCCAGCUCCAGAAAGACCAGUUACUAUGACAAGGGCUCGGGAUCUCUUAGCCACUACCCAAGCAUCCAAAGCAGCAAGUCCUUAGGAAGCCAGAAAGACAGAAACAUCAAGCGGCACUCCAUGUUCAUCCCAGCCCUAACCUGGAAACGGUUAGUGGCCUCAACCAAGAAAAAGGGCUCCAAAAAGGGCAACGGCGCCCUCAAUAAUAACAACUACCAGAAGGAUGUGGCUCACCUGAACCACGAGAACGUCAAGAAGUCUGCGUCCUGUGCCAACCUCUCCAUCUAUGAGGGGCAGACCCUGGCACCGCUUCAGGGGACAGAUGGGAAGAUCCCUUCUGUCAAGAGCGUCACCUCUAGCACUAACUACCCCCCGGGGGGCUCCCCCAAGCGCGUGAUAGUCCAGGCCUCCACCAGCGAGCUGCUCAAGUGUCUGGGUGAGUUCUUGUGUGGGCGGUGCUACCGGCUCAAGCACCUGUCUACUACUGAUCCUAUCCUGUGGCUGCGCAGUGUGGAUCGCUCGCUUCUGUUGCAAGGCUGGCAGGACCAGGCCUUCGUAACACCCGCCAACGUGGUAUUCGUGUAUCUGCUGUGCCGGGACGUCAUCGAUGGGGACCAGGUGGCCACGGAGCAUGACCUGCAGGCCACGCUGCUCACCUGCCUCUACCUGUCCUACUCCUACAUGGGCAACGAAAUCUCUUACCCUCUCAAACCCUUCCUGGUGGAAUCUGGCAAGGAGGCCUUCUGGGAUCGCUGCCUGCAUAUAAUCAAUACAAUGAGUGCCAAGAUGCUCCGCAUCAAUGCUGACCCCCACUACUUCACACAGGUCUUUGCUGACCUGAAGAACGAGGGCAGCCACGAGGACUUCAGUCACACCCUGGACCGGUGAACCCCCUCACCCUACCACCACCUUGCUGAUCCCACACUGCCUCCCUUUAGGCCUGUCCAGGUCUGGCCUGGGCACUUCCUGGAUUUCAUCAGGCUGGGCUGCUGCUGGAGCUUUGCUUUCAGUAGCUGUACACUUGAUACAUUACCAGUUAAUAUUCCACUGUAGUGUUGGAAUGCUGAGCAAACAUUUCUUUGGCACAUACAUUUUGUUAAAUGUCUUUAUAUAUAAUCUUUUUUAAAUUGUGUUUUUGUUGUUUAUUUUUAAUUUGUUAUAUGGUGCAUAUGAAGCUACUUUUACACAACACUUUACUGUAAAAGUAGGUCAGAAUUCACCAGGUUCAACUAGAAAAAGCUGUGUUACCCUCUCCUCCCCCUCUACACUACACAAUUUGUUUUCAACUUCAAGCACUCCGCAUUGUUUAAAUGGACUUUCCUUCCCUCCCUUUGUCCCUUCCUCCAUUCUAACCUACCCCCCUGUUCUUUACACCCUACAUCCACUCUUUAAAUGGCCUGGUUGUACUUGAAUUGGAGGCUAGCUGGGUCUUGUAGCACUUUUACUGUUGCUGGGCCAUUGCAAAACUGCUUAUCGCUUACAGUGGCUUGUUAGGGUUCUGAUAUUUAAACAAGGGACAGCUUUUCUGUGGGCAUUUGGUAUGAUGUACCUGUAACCUAUUUGUAUUUGUGUGUUUGUAUUGAAUGUAUGUCAAUGUGUUAGUGUAAGUAUAUGGGAAAAUGUAUUCUUUGGUUUUUCAACAUUCAAAUGUGUAGUUGCCUGUUAGGCCACAUGUCCUGUAUAGAUAUGUGCAAAUGUUGUAUUUAUUGUGUUUAACUAUGUAUGUAUGUAUUUGUGUAUGCACUGACUAUUAUAUACACUACAGUAUGUAAAUAUACAUGAUUAUACUGCAUGUAUACUGUGUUCAUAUACUUUGUGCAUACAGUACAUGUCGUAUUAUGAAUGUGUGACUGCAUGUUUAUAUCUAUGUAAGUGUGUGAGUGAAUGAAUGCAGAAUGUGCUGUCCCUUUUAUCAUGUCAGUUUAUCAUGUCCUUUCAUUCAAGAUAUAUUUCACUUGUGAACCAAGUGUUAAUCCUUUUAUAGAUUAAAACAGGUGAUUCACUUUCCAGUAUUUCAUUUCCAAAAUGCCUUUUGAUGAUGAGAUAUUGAAAUGCAUCUGAGAUGCUGCCAUAACAACACAGAUAUCUUUAUUACAGAGGGAGAGAAAGGCAUGUUUGGAGCGCUGUGAAUUGCACUUCUAAUUAAAAUGUGUUCAGUCAUCUCUUCUCUGCCUCCCUCUCUCCCCUCCAUCGAUCUUUUAUAAAUCAAUGAUUAUGACUUCUUGUCAAAGAAUAUUACAGUAGGUGCCUAUACAGGGCCCAAAGUCAGCCUUGAGAACAUAGGAGCUCACUGCCAUGAAUAGAUUGCAAGGGAAGCCUUCUCAAUUAGCCUCACAGAGGGGUUUUCUUGCAUUUCUGUUUUAAAAAAAAAAAAAAAAAAAAAAAAAAAAAAAAGUGCAGGAAAUGUAGACCACACAAAUGUUUGUUCUGUUUUUGGAGUGCCGUGUGCAUACUUGUGUGCCAGUAACAGUCUCCUUGCUUCUUGUGUAAGUACUGGGAUUGCUGAAAUCGUAUUUGCCUAUCCAUAUUGGGGCCACAUGGUAACCACUCUCAUUUUGAGCUAUUAAAUGGUUAGUAUGUUAAAUUGUUAAAAGAAAGAGCGAGAUGCAGAGCAGGGGAUUCAAUGUUCCUCGCGCCAUUGCUGUAGCUCAAGCCAGGACAUGUGUUUGCCGUUGUCCUGAUGGACAGUCUCGUAUUAACACGCAUGCAGCAGAGCUCUGUGUGUACCCUGUACAAUUAUGCUGUUGUAAUUGGCAGCUGCAGAGGCACAGAUGUGCUUUAGGUAAACCGCGUUAAUCCAGAAAUAGAAGAUAAUUUAUAGCCGUGCCACAGUCAUCCAAGGCACUAGAGGAGCAGGCAAGAAAUUAGCAUGCUACUGAUCGACGUGAUUAAUACUUUUUUAUUAAAAUGCUUUAAGAAUGUCGGUAAUUCCGGAAAGACAUUGAAAAUUUCCGAUUGUGCCAAUACAUUGGGUAGAUCUAAUAGUGUCUUCUAUACAUUGUUUAUUAUAGAGUUAGAUUCAGUCCACAGUAUUUAUGUCUGUAGCUGUAAUCAAAUCUUGCAUAUGUAAAUAGUACAGCAUUAAACAGUUACACAAACACACAGAGUAGAGUGAACCUAGUAUUAUCUGAUGGAUAUCCUCAGAGAAAAACUGUUGCUUUGUGCUAUUCUGUGUUGUUCUGUGCUAUAACUGAAACAGCCAGGGAAAAAACCCUUCAUUGUACCAAGUAGAAAAGGUCAGUAUUGUGGAAAAACUAGAGCAUUAUUAGUACAAUAGGAAUACUCCAGUCUCUGUGUGUGUGCCUCUCUCCCUCUCUUGCUGUAUGUGGGGUCUGAGUUUGACGCUACGAGCCAGACUAUACAGCUAGGAGGGGGACACCUCUUGUUAAUAUGUGCACUGUUGAAAAAAACAUUAUUUUCUCUGUAAUUGCCAUCGCUCUGUGAGUUUUGGUGACUUUGAGUUUGCUGCUAUAUUCUAACAGAUCAAUACAGUGCGUGAUCGAAAAGUACUGUGUAAAUACAUUGCUGUAUAAUGAAAACAACUUCCAGUGUCUUGCUACUGUGACAAUGUGCAUGCCUGCAGAUUUAUUAAAUGCAUGUUCUAAUUUUGUUGUAGUUUUAAAUUACAUUUAAAUGUUGGGUUUGUUUAAGAAAAAAAAAAAAAGCACUGGUUCAUCCCUUUUUGGGGAAGAUUUGAAGAUAUUGUUGUCGGUAUCAUUAAAAUUUGUAUGUCAGAGAACAUGGUUCAAGUUGUGCCCAUAACCUGCAAGUGCUCCUGCACUGUUCUAAAGAGCAGAUGGGGGCUUUGCUAAUUAAAUCCACUUAUCACAUCCUCGUUUUGACCAAUGCAAUGGCAGAGCUGUUUGAAAACUUAAAUGCAUUUCUGUUUUUAUAUUAAAAAAAAAGAAAGCAAGUCAAACAAAUAUUUUGUGGGUGUAAUCUUGUAACUGUGUUGGGAAUUUGUGACUCCUCGUGCGACUUCACAAGUACUGGAGGCUGUUAUUUUGUUUUUCUUUCUUCCUGCUGUGUCACCUCCUCUUUGAGUUGUGGUUACCCAUUUGGCUAUGUGACAGCCGGUUAUGAAAUCAAGCUGCACACAGCAGUUUUAAGUUUUAGGAAGCCAUAAACAUUAAAAGGUAGUACUUUUGAAAAUAAACUUUUUCAGUCUUUUAAAUCCUUUAUUGCUAUAUUCUGUCAGUUUGUAGCUCCUAGGGAUUGUUUAGUGAUCUUUGCUGCUCUCUUCUUUAACGUAACGCUUGAUUUAUUCGCUAAAUCAGGAGGUUUCUCUAGGGACCACUUUAGUAAACCAGACUCUGCUCGAUUAUAGAUGCACCGGGGUCAUUGAUUCCCAUACAGAUCAAUUGCAGUCACUGUGUUGUGGGCAGCCUAUGAAUUUACUCUGUCAGUAGGAGUCGGGGAGACCAGGACUGUGGCCCGUUUCAUGAGCCCCUUGCCUGCUCUGUCUCAUUUCUAGGGUUACCUGUGCUGAGUUGUGGUGGUGAUGAUGGAGCUAUGAGCGUACACAGUGGCUUUUAUAAGGUUGCUGGAUUCUUUGUCAAGAAAACUUGAAUAAA